GUUUAAGUCCUAUGGAACCUGAUAAUGGACAAGUUGAUAUAGAUAAUGGUAAGACAGAAGUGAAUGCAACAGUGACAUUUUCAUGCUACACUGGUUACAUAUUGACUGGAAUAGCACAAUCGAAAUGCAAUACAAGUGGAAGCUGGGAUGCCUCGCCGCCAAGUUGUAUUGUCGAAAAUUGUACUUUUCCAUCUGCUCCAAGAAAUGGCUUUUACAGUUUGUCUACAGAAUUGAGCGUUAAUUCAACUGCAAGUCUGGUUUGUGAUCCCGGUUACAGACAGUUUGGUAAUGGCACAAUACAAUGUCUGGUAAAUGAAACAUGGAGUGAAACGUCAGCCAAUUGUACUUUGAUAGAGUGCCCAACUCCGAUCGCCCCUUCUAAUGGAAUGGUGAGAUUAGAGAAUGGUACACAGAAUGUUAAUGACACGGUGUCAUAUUCCUGUUAUCCUGGUUACAAGAUAGAUGGCGCUCAUGAUACUAAAUGCAGUCUUAAUGGUACAUGGAAUGAAAAAGCGCCAUUUUGUUUUAUACAAAAUUGUUCCGAUCCAGUACCUCCCACAAAUGGCCACUUUGUCAAUAAAACUGGACUGUCCGUCAAUUCAUCUGUUGAUAUAACUUGUAAUGAAGGGUAUAGCCUUACUGGUAAUAAUACAAGUAUACAAUGCUUAGAAAACACUACAUGGAGUAGAUCAUUUGCUGUUUGUAAUAUAAUAGGAUGUUCAAGUCCUUUAGACCCUGACAAUGGCCGAGUCGAUCUUAAUAAUGGUAAGACAGAAGUCAAUGACACAGUGACAUUUUCAUGCUACCCUGGUUACAAAUUGACUGGAACAGCAAAAUCAAAGUGUGAUUCAAAUGGAAGCUGGGAUGCUUCACCACCAGCUUGUGUUGUACAAAAUUGCACAAAUCCUUUGCCUCCUAGCAAUGGCACUUAUAAAACAUCAACAUUACACGUGAAUUCAACGGCAUUGCUUGUUUGUAAUCUAGGGUAUAAUAUAUCCGGUAACGGUACAAUACAAUGUUCAGAAAACGGAACAUGGACUCACACUUCUGUCAAAUGUUCAGCCAUAGAAUGCCAAGAGCUUCAUGCACCGGAUGAUGGACAUAUAAAACUAUCAAAUAAGAGAUGGUUUCAAUCGAAGGGAUCCUUCUCUUGUGAUAAGGGUCAUGAUCUCUUUGGAUCUAACGAAACCGAAUGUACAUUAUUUGGAAACUGGACAUACCCAGAGCCUUUAUGUAAACCAGUUGACUGUGGGUUUUGGUAUUAUACACAUAGUUCUAAAACUGACGACAGCCCGUGUGAUAUUUCAUACUCUCCGAAUAACACCUUAUUUGGCUCGAAAGCCAUUUGCUCUUGCAAACGUGGAUACCAGAUUAAUUCAACAAGAACAAGUAUUGCAGCUGAAUGUACAUCUAAUAUGCAGUGGAAUAUUGUAUCACCACCUUAUUGUUCUCCAAUUACUUGUCCGUAUUUCAAUGUGUCUCAAAAACCAAUGUUCGUAGACUAUUCCUAUUAUGAAAAUAUUGUCGAUACCAAAGCAACAUUUUUCUGUUACAACAAUGACAGUAUCAUUGGACAUGAAACUGUUACUUGUCUAACAACUGGCCAAUGGAGCGGUCCUAUUCCUACCUGCAAACGGAUUGAAACGACAGCCCCACCUUGCCCGGAUAAUGAAGAUGAUCGUAAUACAGUUUGGAAUGAAACCUUGCCUGGAAUGAUAUCGUCGACACAAUGCCCCAAAGAUACUGACGGAGUAGUUUCUAGGCUAUGCACAGAGAAAGGAGUUUGGCAGUUACCCGUCUACGACUGUGUUAGGAAAGCACUUGUAGUUUUGGAUAAAAAGAUUGAAGCUAUAAAGGACAACCCAACUGAAGAAAACGUUGAUAACGCCUUAGAUGAGCUAACAAGCAUUACCAAUAGCACUUCAUCUGAAAAUAAAGGUGGAAUAUUGAGCGGAGAACUUGAGAAAGUCACAUCUAUACUGGAAACUAUUGUAGAUAUAAGCGACAAAAGCCAAGUGACAACAAAACAAGCAGAGUCUUUUCUGGAAACAACAAGUAAUCUUUUAGAUACCAGCAAUACCGAGUCCUGGAAAGCAAUAUCUCAGAAAAAGGAUACAUCGGGAAAUAAUAAUCAACCAUCGUCAGGCGCAAGCAAGAUCCUUGACGUCGUUGGCCGAUAUUCAGAUGCUUUAACAAGCCUACUAAACAAUACAAAAAACGACACCAAAACAAUUAAGGCUUCGAACUUGGUUUUACACGUUGCAAAGAUCAAGGAAGACAUUGCUGUUAAAUUUUCUGAUGUCAGCUAUAAGAGUACCUUCAAUUUACCAUCAACAUCUCUUAAAGGCCUGAAGCAUGUAUCGAGUGUCAUUUACAGAAAUCUUUCAGGGAUACUUUCGUCGAAAUCAACCACAGACACAGGAAACGAAACCAAACAUCAUAUCAAUUCUGAAGUUGUUGCUGUGAAAAUACCAAACUGGGAAAAGAACAAGAAAACUUUCAAGUUAACAUUGUCUUUUGCCCAUUUUCAGGGAAACAAAUAUAUUUCACCUCAGUGCAGUUUUUGGCGAGAAGAAAGUUCAACAUGGGACGUUAAAGGGUGCACCAAGAACCAGAGAUCAAACCAGUCAAUGACCUUUUGCGAUUGUGAUCAUUUAACAAAUUUCGCAAUACUUAUGAGUCCAUGGGAAUCAGAUAACGUUGAUACCAAAGCUAUUGACGUCAUUUCAACGGUUGGAUGUAGCAUAUCCCUGGCAGCGUUAGUCAUCACCAUUGUUUUCCACAUUGCACUCUGGAGGUACGUGAAGAGUGACCGAGUUGUGAUCCUAAUGCAUCUAUCACUAGCUCUUGUCAUUUCGUAUGCGAUUUUCCUUGGAGGAGUGGACAGAACAGAGAAUAAGGAUGCUUGUACAGCGGUUGCAGUGUUGCUACAGUACAUAUAUCUUGUGGUAUUCUUCUUAAUGUUGGCAGAAGGUAUCGAAAUAUCUGUUUCGGUACUGUAUGUUUUUACAACGGCUUCAAGAAUAAAAUGGCUUCUUCCAGCUGCGUGGUUGAUUCCUGCUGUAAUAGUUGGAAUAUCCUUAGGAGCAACACAACUAAAAGGAUAUGGUAAUGAGCAAUUCUGCUGGCUGUCUGUUGAGGGAGGACUUAUUUACGCCUUUGUUGCUCCAGCAUUUAUAAUUAUUGUUGUGAAUUUUGUACUUCUUGUCCUAGUUUUACGAGCUGCAUUUGGUGCUCGCACGCUUGCAGAGAAAUCAAAAUCUGAACGAACAAAGGCUGGAGUAAAAUGUUUAUGCGUUUUGUUACCUGUUAUGGGCUGUACAUGGGUAAUUGGAAUAUUUUAUGUGAAUAAGAAUAUGGCUUGGAUACAAUAUGUAUUCGCAGUCUGCAACAGUCUUCAGGGCUUGGUUAUAUUUAUAUUUCAUUGCGCAUUGAACAAACAGAUACGAAUGGCAAUAGAAAGACGAAAGAGGAAGUAUGCAAGCUCGUUGUUGACCAGCGCGUCAAGCACUAAAAAGUUUUCUAUGCCAAGAGCAUCAGCGUCAUCUUUUUCUGAUCGAAUGGAUAGCAUGUCUGAUAAUUUUUCCAGAGACAAUACAUCUUUCAAAAGCAGACCCGGGUCAGAACGAAAGAACUCUAUAAGUAAUACUUACGAAAUGAUAUCUAGCAAUAGCCUACAUUCGUCGCUUAUGCAGAAAAAAUUGUGACGGGACAAACGUAACAAGAAAAAUAAACGAUAGUGAUUAUACUAAGUAAAUGUAAAAUGUGAUGUAUAAAAGAUGAACUAUGACUGAUAUUUCACACAUUUAAAUUAAACAAAUGGAAAGUGUAUUUUUAGGUUAACAUUUUGUAGUUUGUAGAUGUGUCUUGCAUGAAAUGCAAAUAUAAAUUAGUCGAAGUACUAUUUAACCAUAUACGUAAAUUACCAUAUACGUACUUACACAAAUGUAUGAAUAAAGGUAAAGAACUCUUUAGCGAUCAAAACACAUUUUGGCAUGGAUUUCAUGAUAGUACUAGAUAUAUUUAUAUGUCUUUAUUUAUUAAGAAGAUAUAGCAAAAGACUUGCAUAGUGUAUCUAAAUGAGUUAUGUGAAACACUGCAAAUGUUAUGUGGAGUUCGGGAAGAAAAAUUAUUAUCUAAAAAACCUUGUUCAGGAUAUUUUUACCUUGUGCAAUAAAAAUUUAACUUUUAGCCAUAAAUGUCAGACGAACUGGCAAAAAACAGUACAAUGUUUGGAAUUUAAAAUUCAUAUAGUUAUAUGACCAAAAUUAUUUUUCUUUAUACACUUCAAUGUUGCCAAUAUGUAUGUGCAAACGCCAGAUUAAGAAAUGAAAUUUACAGGCCACUUGUCAAGCGAUAUUCAUCUGGGUCAUCCUUUGAAAGGAAAAAAUCAGUUUGCAAAUCAGAUUUGUUUAGUUUAUAUAUAUACACUUUUUUGGUGCUUCUUUCAAAUGAAAAAAGCAUAUUUAUUGAAGUAUUAUAAUCAUGUGUUUAUUUGUAAUGUUAUCAUUAUUCAUGUAUUAUGUAUGACCAAGAAUCAAGACAAAGAGUGUUGUAAGAAGCAUUUAUUGUGUGUCCAUUAUAUACAUACAUGUUUCUGUGAUAAUAAAAUUUAAUACUU